AUGAUGAGAGGCCCUUACUAUGAUAAAAAUGGAGUGAAGAGAGGUGCGUGGAGUAAAGAAGAGGAUGAAAGGUUAAGAGCAUAUGUUGAGAGACAUGGCCACAGUAAUUGGCGUCAACUCCCCAAACGCGCAGGUUUAUCAAGGUGUGGAAAGAGUUGCCGACUUCGCUGGCUAAAUUACCUGCGCCCGGAUGUAAAACGCGGAAAUUACACCAAAGAAGAAGACGAAAUCAUCAUCAAAUUACAUGAACAACAUGGAAAUAAAUGGUCUUUGAUUGCCGAAAGAUUACCAGGGAGAACUGACAACGAGGUCAAGAACCACUGGCAUAGCCACCUGAAGAAGCACUUGGAGUGCAAUCACGAAGAAAAUUUUGAGUUCAAAACAAAGCCCAUUGAUAUUUGUGGAGGAGAAGCAACCAAGUAUUUCGAACCUGAAAGUUGUUUUCUUGGUUUUGAUGCUUCUUCCUCCAGCAAUAUCUCGGGAAGCUCACCACCCAUCUACCGUUCAUCUUCAGCCUCCGCCUUCGGAGAAGAAAGCGUUGCUGAUGCUGCCUGGGAAAUAUUUGAAGAAUUCGGCGAUUUCUGGACCCAACCAUUUCUUCCAGAAAAUACGUAUGAGCAGGAUAACUAUUGUAGUCUGAACCAUGCACCAAGUGUAGCAGAUGUGGACGAAUAUUCCUCAUACCUCUUCGAUAAUACUGAGUUUUUGUGCCAAGUGAUGCAAGAAUUUCCAGGUGACCCUAAAAAGGAUAUACAAGUAAAUGGUAGUUCUUCCAUUUGUUUCUUCUGAUGGGCUUCAUGAAUUUCAAGACAUGUAUGAUGAUUGAAGAGAGGUGAAGAAAAGGAAUGCUUGAUUUAGACAAACAUCAUAUUUUGAUCUAAAUUAAACCAUGUAUUUCUUC